GAACUUAUUACAACAUGAAGAUUGUGGCUGCACUGUUGGUCAUUUCAUUGGGAUUUCUGGCUUUGGCUCAGGAUGCGGAGGAGUGUCCUCGUCCUUGCUUAAGGACGUAUAGACCAGUGUGCGCCGAAUGGCGUAGGGGCCCCCCUGUAAGUCCCAAAAUCAGUCGGUGCACUUUCACCAAUCAAUGCAUCGUUGAUAACAAAAGAUGCAGAAACCAUCAAAAUUGGGUUACCGUCGAUUGGAGAAGUAAGUGCAGGUCUGACACUCCGGAUUGCGAUGAGCUGCGACAAUCGUCCUAG